CAAAGCAAAAAGUAAACAAAACUAAAUUCAUUUAAGUUAUUCGUAUCUGUCAGUUUAUAACUAAAAGCUGAAAGAAAUAAGUUUUUGAUCAAACUGUUCUUAGUAUAUUUCUCUUAAAUUGAUCUUGUUAAUAAUUGAUCCAAUAUGGACAUAGCUGAAGGAGUUACACCAGCAUAUCUGAAAUUGGCGCAGAUAAAAUUUUGCUUGACUCUUCCUCAGCAUAAAGAUGACCCAGAUCUAAUUUCAUCUUUGUUAGCCGGUAUAGUCCAAAACAAUAUGGCUCCGUACUACAAAGAAGUAUGCACAGAUUUAUCAUGGAAGUUUGACCAAACCCUUUAUGAUAAAAUGGCUGCCAAUAAUGCUAAGCGCAUGGCAGAACUUGAACAAGAAAAAAAUCCCACCAUGGUUGAUGAUGAUGAUCCAGUGUCUGGUAUAUGGCAAGCAAAGUUACUUUAUUUAUGUUCCAUUGGUGACCGUGAAGAAGCAACAAAAUUGGCUGAGUCUAAAUUAGAAGAGAAAAAUGUACCUAAAUCUCAGCAAAUUGAUACUGUGUUUGCUCUAUUUAGAGUUGCAUACUUUCACGGAUGCGAUAUUCCAGCAAUGAAAAAAGCUAUAGAUAAAGCUACAGAGUUAAUUGAAGGAGGAUCUGGUGGAGAUUGGAGUGCCAGAAAUAAACUUAAAGCAUAUGACGGUAUUUGGAGUUUGGCGAUACGAGAUUUCAACCGAGCAGCCAAGCUGUUUGUAGAUGUUGUACCCACAUUUGAAUCGUAUGAACUUGCUGAUUUCAGCACUAUCAUCAAAUACACUGUAUACUCAUCGAUGAUAGCUUUCCCAAGAUACGAGCUAAAGAAAACACUCAUGCAUCAUGGUGUUAUGGCUCAGGCUUUAAACUCGGAUUCUAAAGAACUCAAAGAUUACUUUGUGUCAUUGUAUGAAGGUCAAUACUCUAAGUUCUUAGUCUAUUUAGCACGCAUUGAAAAGAACAUGAAACAAGAUCCAUUAUUACACCCUCACUAUAAGUAUUAUGUCCAAGAGAUGAGACUAUUGGCAUAUAAACAAAUAUUACAAGCAUAUAGAUCAUUGAGUUUGGACUACAUGGCUGAAUCGUUUGGUGUGACUAAAGCAUUUGUGGAGAAAGAAGUUGCCAGAUUUGCAGCUGCUGGACGUUUAACUUGCAAAAUCGAUCAUGUUGCUGGAGCUGUGGUGACUAGUAGUUCAUCCAAGUGUAGCUUACAAUUAGGAGCGCCAGAAUCUAGGUUGGAACGUGGUAUUUUAUAUCAGACUACUGUGAAAAAAGGCGAUAUAUUGUUAAACAGGUUAAAAAAGUUGGCUAGAGUUAUGGAUUUCUAAAAACUAAACAUUGUGAAUUUUUUUUUUUUAGAUUGUGUUAAAAAAUAAAUUAUGAGUUAAUGCAUUGUGUAUAUAUACAUAGAUUAAUGUGUGUAUAAUUACUUAAAUUCUAAUUUAUCUAAUUUUAAUUUUUGUAUUUUCACAUUCAUUUAAAAAUAUUAAUAGACUAUCUCCUUAUAAAUUAACAUUUAAACAAUGUAUCUAUUGAAAUCUAUUUUUGGUUAUAAAAGUUUUCUUAAAUAUAUUCAUAUAGCAUA